UAAUCCAAUACUGAUUUUAUGUUGCGUCCAUUUGAGCGUCUGGUCAAAUCUCGACGUUCCCUUAGCGGCAUUGCCUUAUUAAGUAUCCCAUAAUGCACCACGUCGCUGUCAUGGCUGCUCACUGAUGACACUUGCAGCACAUGGGCAGAAAUCAAACACAUCACAGUGAGCACACGAACCCUUCACACCUCACAUUCACAGCCAGAGCAGGUCUUGAGCGACGUGACGCGUGUCUCAUUUCUCUGCUGAGGGUUGACGAGGAUGAAGAUGCUGCAGCUCGAGGCGGCGGUUCUGGGCGGACUGAGUCCGGAUUGGAAACAGAGUGGCUUCAGCACCGCAGAUGGAGGGCCGUUGCUGCAGUUGGUGUGUGAGGGAGAUUUCGAGGCCGUGCUCUUCAGCUCUGCGGUGCAGGGGCUGCUGGGAGGUGCUCCUGAAGAAGAUGACAGUAUUGAGGCCUAUCUGGAGAGACAGGUGCUGUCUUACCUGAGCAAUGCCACUGAAGACCAGAGGAGUGACAGAGAAACUGCUCUGUUGGUGUUGGCAGUGGGGUGUCUGAACCUCUUCGCUCGGAGUAAUUGGACCGGGCCGCCAGUUGAGCUCCACGUCUCUGAUUUUCUGCCUGAAGCUUUGCUCCAGAAAUUCUCACAGCCUGCAGCCCUGAACACGGCUGUGCUGUCCAGUCUUCAGCUGGAUGGAGAGUCUGUCUACAGUCUAGUCUCCAACCCCCUCCUGCUGCUGCUGACCAGAGUCAUAUUCGUCAACUGCGGCCCCAAACUGGAGACCCUUCAGCUGCUGCCCUGGUGGACACUGCGAUAUGUCAGUCUACAUCAGCAGAUACUAGAGGAGAGAUCCCCACAGCUCUUCAACCUCGUGCUCAGCUGCAUCGAGAAAGUGUAUAAAUGUGAGGAGCUCUUCACCAACAACACACACCGGAACCUGGCCAUUCAGUUCCACUUGGAGUGCAGUUAUACCUGCCUGACCUACUAUGAGUAUCGCAGGGCCAAAGAACACAUGCAAACAGCCCGCGAUCUGUCAGGAAUCGAUGUUAACAUGAUAGGUGCUUUAGGAAAGAGAACUCAUUUUCAGGAGAACUUUCUGGCUCAGCUCAUCUUAGAUGUGAAACGGAAGGACAGUUCACCUGUUCCCAAUUCAGAGAGUCCCUCCCUCACACCAACACCUAAAGAACUCUUACCAAAGGAUCAUCAGUUGAGUGAUGAUACAGUCCUGAACCAGAUUAACCUGGCAGAACCAUCUGAACAUGAACUUCCGGACCUCAGCGCUGAGGAACAGACCCUUAUACUGGCCACAUGCAUAGACUUUCAGAAGAAUAAUGCAGUUCACAAGCUAAAUGAGGAGGAGCUCCUGGCCUUCACGACGUGUUUGCUGUCUCAGCCAAAGUUCUGGGCAGUGGAAGUGACAUCACUGUGCCUGAGGACUAAGCUGGAGAGAGGAAGCUCACGGAGAGUUGAACGUGCCAUGAUGCAAACACAGACCUUGGUGGAUUUCUUUAGUGAGAGGAACUGUCCCGUCACUGAGAGACUCAAGAUGUUCUACACCUGUCGGGCACCUCCUCUUUGGGAUCUACAGAGGCAGUUGGCGAGUCUGUUGACUGAUUUGGGCCUGACAAGUUCUGCGCUGCUAAUCUACGAACGACUGGAACUCUGGGAGGAUGCAGUUGCCUGCCUGGAGAGGAUGGGACAGCACGGCAAGGCGGAGGAGAUUUUGAGACGUGAGCUGGAGAAAAAGGAGACGCCAUCACUUUACUGUCUGUUAGGCGAUGUGCUAAAAGAUCUGCAGUAUUAUGACCGAGCAUGGGAGCUUUCCAAACACCGCAGUGCACGCGCCCAAAGGUCCAAAGCUCUGCAUCACCUGCGCCACAAAGAAUUCCAGCAGUGCGUGGAAUGUUUCGAACACUCACUGCAAAUCAAUGCCAUGCAGUUGGGUGUGUGGUUCUCCCUGGGCUGUGCGUAUUUUGCACUGGAAGGCUACGAAGGGGCCGCCAAAGCUUUUCAGAGAUGCGUCGGACUGGAACCAGAUAAUUCAGAAGCAUGGAACAACCUCUCCACGGCCUACAUCAAACUGAGAAUGAACAGUGUUUUUCACUUUCUUUCUUUGGCUUUUUCACUUAUUUCUUAUUUCGCUGUGUGUAUAGACCUGGGCGAGUUCAGUGAGGCUAUCAGAGCCUACCAUCGGCUCAUGGACCUCAAGGACAAAUUCAAGGACGUGGAGGUGCUGGAAAUCCUGGUGCGUUCAGUAGUGGACAAUCUGACAGAUCACCGUGGCGAACAGGCCUCCAAUCUUAAAGCCAAAUUGCAGGAACUCUUUGGUCGAGUCUCUGCCCGCUGCAGCACAGAUGCCCAAAUAUGGAAGCAGUACGCUCGUCUCUAUGGCGAUGGCAAUAGCAACAAUGUAGAAGACAAUGAAAAGGCACUGCAGUUUCUGAGUAAAGCGCAUUGGUGUGAGACGCAGGCAGCUGGCUGGGAGAAAGACAUGGGCAACUUCAGAUCUGUGGUGAAAGGUGCCAGAGAUAUGGCUAAUGUCUCUAUCAGCUGUAGCAGGUCUAAGCGCAAUCCUCAAGAGGCUCUACAGUUGCUGUCUUCAGCUCGACUCAGUUUGAAGAGCCUGGUCACCAAAGCCAGACAACUGUACACUGAUGUUGCCACAGGUGAACUCCAUGAUGAGCUCAGAGGUGAUGUCACAGAGCUCGAGCAGCUCAUCACAGAGCUGCAGGACCUGAGUGCCCAGUUACGCAGCCAAUGAGAAGCCAUAGCACUGUUUUCUUCCUCCCUUUGAUUGGUUUAAACAGUGCAUCUUUAAAGUUAUGUUUUAAACUAACAAAACUUCCAUCAGGAAAUCCUCAGGACCUCUGUUGCUUGUUCAGUCAACAUGAAAAAACCUAAAAGAAAGACUUAGUGACUGAGUUAAAGAUGUUUGUCAUCAUGACCUGAUCCAGGGUCAGCUGUCUUUGCCCUAAUCGGAUCCUGUGAUCACACAAUGUGAUUUUAAGGUCGCUGAGGCUUAUGUUCAACAGUGCCUCAUUCCAAUAAAUAAUACACAGCCUCUUUCUUACAUAAUUAAUCUUUAUGCUUGUUUUUUUUUUAACUUGUGUGC